GCCUAGGUCACAGCGUCCCUGGAGUUGCCUGUUUGCAACAACAUUAUUUUCUCUCUGCUGUGAGACCCUCUCUCUACCUGCGGCUUCAUACCUCCAGCUCCACGUAGAAGGAUCACGUGACCUUCGAGAAUGCACUCAGUUGCUGCAGACACAGGCGCCUAAAAGGUGCCCCCUACGUGAUGACGUGUAAUUCGCGCGCCGAAGCCGAAAGCGCCUGCCUCCUCCUCCGGGGGCUCCUCACGCCGGCUUGUUUGCACGGCACGUGUGUUGCUGAAUGGAGCUGGUCGCUGGCAGCUACGAGCAGGUCCUGUUUGGGUUCAGAGUGAACCGCGAGCCCGCGACGAGUGGCGACCGGGAGACAUGGACUCCUGUGGCUGACUUCACUCACCAUGCCCACACUGCCUCCUUGUCGGCGGUGGCAGCCAACAGUCGCUUUGUGGUCACUGGGAGCAAAGAUGAAACAAUUCAUAUCUAUGACUUGAAAAAGAAGAUAGAGCAUGGGGCUCUGCUGCACCACAGUGGCACCGUAACUUGCCUAAAAUUCUAUGGCACUCGACACUUAAUUAGUGGCGCAGAAGACGGACUCAUCUGUGUCUGGGACGCAAAGAAAUGGGAAUGCCUGAAGUCCAUUAAAGCUCACAAAGGACAUGUGACUUUCCUUUCUAUCCAUCCAUCCGGCAAGUUGGCCCUGUCUGUUGGUACUGAUAAGACAUUAAGAACAUGGAAUCUUGUAGAGGGAAGAUCCGCUUUCAUAAAAAAUAUAAAACAAAAUGCUCACAUAGUGGAGUGGUCCCCAAGUGGAGAGAAGUACAUAGUAGUUGUACUGAAUAAAGUGGAUGUCUAUCAGCUGGACACGGCGUCUGUGAGCGGCACCAUCACAAAUGGAAAGAGAAUCUCGUCGGUCACGUUUCUUUCAGACUCUGUCCUUGCAGUAGCUGGAGAUGAAGAAAUUGUAAGGUUUUUUGACUGUGAUUCCCUAGAGUGCCUCUGUGAAUUUAAAGCUCAUGAAAACAGGGUAAAAGACAUACUCAGUUUUGAAAUUCCAGGACACCAUGUUCUUGUCACAGCAUCAAAUGAUGGUUUCAUCAAAAUGUGGACGCUUAAGCAGGAUAAGAAAGAUCCCCCAUCUUUGCUGUGUGAGGUGGACACUGGUGCCAGGCUGACGUGUCUUGGAGUGUGGUUAGACAGAGCGACAGAUGGAAAAGGGAGUCUUCCUCCAGCAACAGAGCCUUGCCCUGUAAAUAAAAAACAACCCAAAAAGAUCAAAAAGGAAUCUGGUGAUAAGAAUCAGGAAGAAGAAACAUCAGGAUCUAACUCAAAGAAGUCUGGUUUAACUGGUGACAGCAAGAAGCCAACAAAAAGAAAUAGCCCACUGUCAGCCAAGAAGAGGAAAAUGACAGACGUGUUGGAAAAGAAGAGAAAAAAGAAAAUAUAACUUAUGUGGCAAAUCUCAGACAUCUUCUCCCCAAGAGAAUGUCUUCUUGACAAAUUCUACUUUUCAGAUAUCACACCUAACUUUCCCAUGUGAGACACAAAAGGAUUUUCUCCUUCUGGAGAAAACGUGUAGCCUAAAACUGAGCCACUUUUAGAUGGCGCUUUGUUUUGUUAAAUAGUAAUUAUUUUUGGCAGAUGGCAUUUUAUUAUAUAUUGUCAUAUGUAGUCAUUGUAAUGUACACUUUUUACUGUUCAAAGUAAAGAUGUAAAACUACUGUAUUUAAAAUGAUACAGAGUUUUUACUGUAUUUUUGUGGUGGUGCUUGGGAUCACGCCCAGGGCCUUGCAUGCUAGCAAGCUUUGCCUGUGCACCGCCAGCACCCAGCGCCUUCUUCCUUGUGCAGACCUGUCAAGUCUUCACCAGAGUGGAUGAAGGACUUUUCAGACAAUUCUGCUUCUAAGCAGUGAGUGACAAGCAAAUUGAAAGGCAAGGAAACAACACUUCUCAAUUUCCCAUCUUUCAGAGCAUCAAAAUAGCCAUCCACUUAAUGCUAGUCUAAACCAGUCUUGGCUUACUUCCUUGUUGCCAUAACCAGACAUGUAGACCAGACAUAAUCCGUCUGUGCCUCAUAGGAUCUGUAUAGGGUUACCAAGAUGUGUCAGUGUGUGUACGUCUUCGAACGAGCCUAGCACACUGUAGGUCCCUAAUGACAGUGACCUGUCACUACCACUCUCAUCAUAGAAUAUAUUUUGUGGGGGGAGGACCUUGG